AUCCGGGUACCGACUCCAGCCGCCCAGACUCUGGCACUAUGGUCAUGGCGGAGGGGACGGCAGUGCUGAGGCGGAACAGGCCGGGCACCAAGGCUCAGUAUAUUCAACAGAAUAUAAGAGCAGAUUGUUCCAAUAUUGACAAAAUUCUUGAACCACCUGAAGGCCAAGAUGAAGGUGUAUGGAAGUAUGAACAUUUAAGGCAAUUCUGUCUUGAGCUAAAUGGACUUGCUGUGAAACUUCAGAGUGAAUGCCAUCCAGAUACAUGCACUCAGAUGACAGCAACUGAACAAUGGAUUUUUCUUUGUGCAGCUCAUAAAACACCAAAAGAGUGUCCUGCUAUAGACUAUACUAGACACACACUUGAUGGUGCUGCAUGUCUUCUGAAUAGCAAUAAAUAUUUUCCCAGCAGGGUUAGCAUAAAGGAAUCAUCUGUAGCAAAACUAGGAUCAGUAUGCCGUAGGAUUUACAGAAUAUUUUCACAUGCUUAUUUUCAUCACCGGCAGAUAUUUGAUGAAUAUGAAAAUGAAACAUUUUUGUGUCAUCGGUUUACUAAAUUUGUGAUGAAAUAUAAUUUGAUGUCCAAGGAUAACCUGAUUGUACCAAUUUUAGAAGAAGAAGUUCAGAAUUCAGUUUCUGGGGAAAGUGAAGCAUGAAGGGAAUCAUAUAGAAAAAAAUGUACUGAUCACAUAAUUAACAUUAAUUAUGUACUGUAUAUAUAUCAUUUUAGACACAUCAAUCACGUAUCCAUAUUAUAGCUUCUUUGUUUAGUAUAGGUUUUUGUAUGCUGAGUGUUACCUUUUAGAAUGGGAAAUACUUUUUAAGUUAUUCAUGAGCUGUAUAUUCACUGGUGUGGCACUCAUCGUUUUUAAAUAAGAUUAGUAUUAUCUGUUUAUAAUGCCCGUUAAUAAAAGAAUUUACAGUUUGGUAAAAUUGCUGCUAAACAAUCAUUGGAUCACAAUCCUCAUCAAAUAAACACAUCUGUGAAAAAGAUGAGUGAGCUUGAGGUUUCACACAAGCCAUUUACUAAAGAGAUAGUAAUGUUUUCCUUUGGUUUUAUACCUGAGUUUUGAUAUUCUAGAAAAUUCUGUAGCACAUAGUUCAGUCUUAACUGUUAAGUUUUCCAAAGUGAGAUAAAAGUGUUUUUAAAUUCUGUUUAUACUUUUUGAUAUAUAUAUAUGAUUAUGUGUAUGUCCAAAUAUAAAUGCAAAUGAAGCAUUAGUAAUACUUAAAUAAUCUUACUAUGCUACAUAAAGUAUAUUCUAGACCAGCAUACUUGGAAAGGAUUUAUCUUUCUGUUCAGUGGACUGUUACAUACAAGAUGAUAAUGAUAAAAGCGUGUAAUUGAUGUUCCCACUGGAAACCUGCCCUGUCCUUCCCUUCUCUUCAUUUCCCUUAACUCUCUCCCCAAAGUACAUUAGCUGAGAAGCUUUUCACCAGACUGUGAUUUAGUGGUGGCUUAUACCUAUUUAUAUUUGUAUUAAUUGCCUACAGAUUAUACCUCAUAUUAGCAAUUACACUACAGGAAAAAAUGUACUGGCAUAGGCUCGUGCUUAUCUUUGCUUUGUGAAAUUGUUCUAACUACUUGGAGAAUAGUCUUUAAAAUAGUUUGACUCUUACUAUUAGUAAUAUUAAUCUUUUCUUCUAACCAUCUAGGCAGCACUUAAAUAGAGCUGAAAAAUAUUAUAGUAUUUAUUUUACACCCCUUCCCCACAAAGUUUAUGUUUGAAUUAUAUGCACAUGUAAGAUUUUUUUGCAGUAAUUCAUAGGUUCCAAAGGUAUUGCUGAAUGCUCAUACAUUUUUUGGACUUUGUUAUAAUUCAGCGUCUUAAGAAGGAUUCAACUGUAGAUUUUACGAUCUUACCUACUGAAUGCAAUUUUUUACAAAAGCACUGGAGGUCUUAAUUGCUAAACUGGUUGUAACAAGGCACUAAGGGUAAAAAAAAAAUUGUACAUGUAGUGAAGAAAAUAUUUAAAUCCAUCUUUUGAACAGAAUUAACAAACGAACUUCUUUUUCAUUUGAGUGGGUUUUCAAAUGAAGAUUAAAAUGUAGUCAUCUUGAUUUUUUUUUCAAAUUGGAGGAAAUAAUUUAUACCAUAUUAUGAGACAAGUAUGUACAGCAAAAAUGUGGAAAACAGUACCGUCCUGAGAGUUUGUAUAUAUAUUUAUGCCUUCCGAUCCUGCCAGUAUAUUUGGCUUUGAACAAUGCUAUCCCAGCAGCCAGUCAUUACCCCAACCCAUAACUAACUUUUAAGAAGUUUUAUGUUCACAGUGAAAGGAAUAUUGACUUUGAAAUGAUGCAUUUAUAUUAAUGUUACUAUGAACCAGUGGGAAUAGUAAUUUUCACACAAACUUGCUAAAUAUUGAGAGACUAAACUACUAAGUUAAUAAAUUAUAUAUAGUAUAAUGUAGCUGUUCUCUCUAGACAAAGUCUCACAAUGGAUUUCUGUUGCUUGACUAUUUUCUUAGUGAACAUUUGAACUAAGGCAGUGGCUGGGAUUGGUGAUCUGGCUAAAUAUUUUGAAACAUAUUUUGAAUAGUAUAACUCGGUGUUACUAGGGAAAUAAAAUAUGAUUUUUUUCUUACUCAUUCCAUCUUCCCUGUACUGUGUGUUUGGAAUUGAUCAUAAAAAAAAAAAAUCCCCCAAAGAAAACAUCAGUUUGUAGUCUUGCUUUUGUAUUCAUACUGAUAUCUCAUUCAUACUCUUGCACUGUAAAGUUGACUCACUUCAUUAGGUAAGACCUAAAUGAAACAGUUACUGUUUUUCCUUAAUACUGAUUACAGAAUUUUGAAAAUAUACAUGUAUGUACUUAGGUGGUAUUAAAAAAACUGAUUAGCCUGGCAAACCACUGAUUUAUGAAGUAAGUGUUCUAAGAAGGGGGGAAUAGAAAACACACAGUUCUGUGCAAUAAGGAAGUUAGGCUCCACUUUUUGUUUGGAUUACCCAGUAUAGAUCCAAAAGUUAAAAUUUUCUUUUUAUAAAAUUAUUUUGACUCAUAUAGUCGACUCAUUCUUUUUCCCCUUUCAUAUCUGGGAAAGUAGCUGAUUUUUAAUAAUUUAUGUUCCCAUGGGUAUUAUAGUUCUUUUGUGUGUGUACAUUUUCUUUUCUCUGACUUGAGGCGUUAAAUUUGUAUUUCUAGAAACAAGUUUCUCAGUUAUAU